AUGAGAAGUGGCAAGGGCGUCUUGCUCGAAGAAGCCAACGCGAUGCGUAUAGAGUUGGAUGUCCAUAUACCGGUACCCCGCGUCUAUGGUGCCGAGACGCUUAACGGCAUCAGUCAAUCGCAUUACCAUGGGAUGCAUCCGGGGGGGGGGACGCUUGAUGAGUUUUGGGGAGGCCUCUCCGAUACGGACAAGACAGACAUGAUUAAGCAGCCCCGUGCCAUUUUAAGCAAGAUGAGGUCUAUACCUCCGCCUGGUUUUAUCGGUAGCUGCGCUGGCCGUGAGAUCCGUCACACCCGCUACCGACUUGCACACAACGCCCCGGCCUGUCAGAACGAGGAUGCGUUCAAUAGCUACCUUUUCAUCGGCUGUGGAGAGGUUCGCACCGCUUCCUGUGGGAACGCCCUUGCACGCCGUAUGCGUACGGACCACCGUGUCGUCUUCUCCUACUGCAACCUCGCGCCUAGGAACAUUAUAGUCGACUAG